AUGGCGAUGUUUGGUGUGGAGAAGGACUUGCUCGUGUACUUCUCACGAGAAGUCCAGCUGGAUCUCAGCGGGGACGAGAGCCCCGGCCGGGAGGUUGAGGCAAACGAGCUUGAUGUGCAGCAGCAGCCCCGCGACCUGCGGCGGGCAUACUUUACUCUCAUUGGCGCCAUUGUCAACGCUGGCCUGGCACACGUGGGCGCCCUCGAGGAUGUCUUCAUGACCCUCAUCCAGGCAUGUGUUGCGUCUGCGGGUGUCGAUGGUGCGAGUGCGUCCCCAGAUGACCCCAAGGCGAUCAAGUCGUGCUUUGGGUCCUUGCGGGAGCUGACACGCCAGUGGUUCUCGGAGGAUGGCACGUGCUCUGUGCCCGAGUUUGAGGCGUUUGCGCGCCAGCACCUCGUGCAGGCCUGCUUCACAACCAUUCUCCAGCCCUCCUUUGAUGUCAACGAACUGCAGUACUAUGGUGCACUGGGCGAGAUUGCGUUGGUGCUGCUGCUGCUCGCCCAUGCAUACGGCUCUGAGUUUCUCGAGUACAUCCGCAGCGAAUAUCUGCACCAGCUCCUCUCCCCAGACCUUGCACAGGAGUUUGUCGCACACAUUGACCAGAGUGCUGCGGUGUCGCUGAAGGCUGGCAAGAAGCGGCUGAGCGCGUUUCUCAAGCACUUCCUCCUUCGUAUGCGGUCCUCCUCGGGCUCGCCGCCAACGGCAGCCUGA